AAAGUCCGGGGGAGCUGGUCUCGGGCAGCAGCUCAACCCCUUGCCCCCCCCACCCCGCCGCCUGCCGCCUUGACCGAGCCGAGGAUGCGGCGCAGCGCUUCGUCCGCCAGGCUAGCUACGCUCCAGCCCGCCUGCUAACUUCCUAGGCUGUCCCUGUCCACCAGCCGGGCCGCCCAGUCUCCCCGCGCCCUCCAGGUCGGGUCCUCCAGGCGCGCCGGGCGCGGCCGCUGAGUAUCCCCCUGUCGCCAGCUCGCGUGCCCGCACCCCUCACCCGCACCCCGCGUCCGCACCCGAUCCUCGCCCGACCAUGCUGCCCCUCUGCCUCGUGGCCGCCCUGCUGCUGGCCGCCGGGCCCGGGCCGAGCCUGGGCGACGAAGCCAUUCACUGCCCGCCCUGUUCCGAGGAGAAGCUGGCGCGCUGCCGCCCCCCCGUGGGUUGCGAGGAGCUGGUGCGGGAGCCCGGCUGCGGCUGUUGCGCCACUUGUGCCCUGGGCAAGGGGAUGCCCUGCGGGGUAUACACCCCCCGCUGCGGCUCGGGCCUGCGCUGCUACCCGCCCCGCGGGGUGGAGAAACCCCUGCACACGCUGAUGCAUGGGCAAGGCAUGUGCAUGGAGCUAGCAGAGAUCGAGGCCAUCCAGGAAAGUCUGCAGCCCUCCGACAAGGAUGAGGGUGACCACCCCAACAACAGCUUCAGCCCUUGCAGUGCCCAUGACCGCCGGUGCCUACAGAAGCAUUUCGCUAAAAUGCGAGACCGGAACACUAAUGGGGGCAAGAUGAAAAUCAUCGGGCCUGCCCGGGAGGACGUGCGGCCUGUGCCCCAGGGCUCCUGUCAGAGUGAGCUGCAUAGAGCCCUGGAACGGUUGGCUGCCUCACAGAGCCGCACCCACGAGGACCUCUACAUUAUCCCCAUCCCCAACUGCGACCGCAAUGGCAACUUCCAUCCAAAGCAGUGCCACCCGGCCCUGGAUGGACAGCGUGGCAAGUGUUGGUGUGUGGACCGGAAGACGGGGGUGAAGCUUCCGGGAGGCCUGGAGCCGAAGGGGGAGCUGGACUGCCACCAGUUGGCUGACAGCUUCCGCAAGUGA